UAAAAAAAAAGGUAAACGUGGGAAUAAGAAAGGCACUGCUUUAGUGGAUUCAAAGUCUGAAUCAAAAGCUAUAUGGAUUUGUCUAGAGUGUGGUCAAUAUACAUGCGGAGGUGUUGGGCUUCCAAAAACCCCUCAAUGCCAUGCAAUCAAACACGCCAGACAAAGUCAGCACCCCUUGGUGGUCAAUUCUGAGAAGCCCCAGCUGUGCUGGUGUUUUGUUUGCGAUAUGUUUGUCACUGCUGAGAAAACUGAGCAGAAUGAUGAAAAAAAUCAUGUUCUUUCUGAUGUUAUGACACUGUUGAGAGCACGACCAUCAGACCAAUCAUCAGCAGAUGUUGAGGAUUUGUGGUUUGGGAAUGGCAGCAUCACUACUGAAAUUAAAUCAGGAACUUCUCUGGCAGGCGAUUCAUACGGGAAAGCAGGUUAUGUAGUCAGAGAUGGGCUGGGUUCUGAAGAACUAGCUGCAAGAAAACAGAAGGAUGCUCCUGAGAAAGAUGGAAUCUUUUCCACUGUGACUACUCUAGUGGAUGCUCUAUUUGGGGGUCAAUUAUCAAGUACUGUAUGUUGCAUUGAAUGCGGGCAUUCCUCAGUUGUGCAUGAACCUUUUCUGGAUCUCUCACUGCCCGUUCCUUCUAAAAAAUCUCCACCCAAGAAGGCCCAAUUAGCAUCUCGAUCCAAGAAAGCAAAGUUCCCACACAAGAAAGGUGGGAAGACUCGGGUGAAAGUCAAUAGAGAUGCCAGUCCCUUGCCCGUUCAAAAUUUGGCAACCCAACUAUCAAGUGAUGAAUCAUCCUGCCCUGUGAAAUCUAGCAUAUCAGCUGGUGAAGAGGUGGCGGCUUGUUCUGGGGAAUCUACAGUAUUUGGUCCUGUGAAUAAAAGCAGCCCUGCUGAAUAUGAGGCCUCAAGUUCACCCAAUUUAAUAACUGCUCAAGACUCUGGACAUGCUCAAGUCCUUGAGAAUGGUACAGGGAAAGCAUCAACUUCGUCAGGUGAUUUUACAUGGUUGGAUUAUGUGGAAGCUGGAACCAUGACAGAUGAAAGUGGGUUCUUUUCCAAGAAGAUGGAUGUUGCUGUGAUACAGGAUGAUGACAGCAAGGAGGAAUCGUCAAAAGAAUUCCCUGCACAGACUAGCUGUGAAUCUAGUAGUCAGAUUUAUUUCCCUGAUGAGAUGCAAAACCUUAGGCUAGAUUCUUCUUCAAGGAAUGGGUGGGAAGAUGAGGUUCCGUUACAAGUUCAAGAUACAGAAGUGCUGUUGCUUCCAUAUAAAGAAGAAAUUUCUUCUGCGGGGGAGAUCACAGGGGGAGAUGGUGAAGCAUCCUCAACAGUUUUGGGCUGUGGACAAGAAGACCUGGGAUUUGAUGGCUUUGGGGGCUUAUUUGAUGAACCUGAAGUUGUUGCAGGCCCUGCUCCUAGACCUUCGAAUAAUGAAGUUGAAGCAGGUUUUAAUGCUGGAAACAGCAGUGAGUCUGAUCCAGAUGAAGUAGAUGAUGCAGAUUCUCCAGUCUCUGUAGAUAGUUGCUUGGCUCAUUUUAUAAAACCUGAGCUUCUCUCAAAUGAAAAUGCGUGGCAUUGUGAGAACUGUUCAAAAAUUCUGCAACGUGAGAAAGUGGAAGCAAAAAUGCAGAAAAGCAAGGUAUUAAAUGGAGAAGAGACUGUAAAUGAUGCUGACCCCCUGCAUAUAACUAAUUCUUGUUCUGCCAAGGUCGGAGGUGUAAGUAAUGGUAAUGCUAAAAAUGACAAAGUUAGAGACAGUUCGGUUUCAGAUGUUAAACAUUGCAGAGAGUUAGAAAAUGGUCAAAUGGAUGAGUUGAGUACAGUUGAUAAUAAGGGGGAAGAUGAGACGGUUAAGAAGAGAGAUAUACAUGAUGGUGAAUCUUCAGGUUUUCGCAAAACUUGCAAUGAAGAAAUGGGUAUAGCUGCUGAUUCUUGUAGCAUACAGCAUGCAACUGGAGAUAUACAGGAAAGAAAUUCCCAGCUAUUGAAUCAUGAAAACCGGGGCUCGGGAGUCACUAAAGAUGAAGAGGUGGACACCAAAAGUAUGAAAGUGAAGAGGAAUGCAACCAAGAGGGUUCUUAUUUAUAAAGCACCGCCUGUUCUAACUAUUCAUUUGAAGAGGUUCAGCCAAGACAUUCGAGGCCGCCUAAGUAAACUAAGUGGCCAUGUCAGUUUUAAAGAAACAAUUGAUCUCAGACCAUAUAUGGAUCCAAGGUGCAUGAGUGAAGAGAAUCAUGAAUACCGGUUGGUGGGCGUGGUGGAGCACUCGGGAACAAUUAGAGGGGGUCACUACGUUGCCUAUGUACGAGGGGGUCAGGGGAACAAAGAGGCCGAUGAAAUGAGUGAGAAUUGCACAUGGUAUCAUGCAAGUGAUGCCUAUGUGCGUCAAGUUUCCCUUAAAGAAGUUCUUGCCUGUGAGGCUUACAUCUUAUUCUAUGAAAGAAGCUGAGUGUAUCAUUUACUUUUUUGAGUUGAGAAGCCAAUUUACAUACAUAGAUACAUGCAUAUAUGCAUUUGUGAUGCCCAUUUUUUUUGAACAUAUAAUGAGAGAUCCCCAUUGUACAAUGCGACUUUAUACACUAUCAAAUAUCAAGUUUUCCCUCC